CUGAUGCAGAGGUGAAGGAGAGGAAUGAGGAGAGAAGGAAACGACGGGAAGAGGAGAGACGACUGCGUAAAGACAAGCAGAAGAAGAGUAAGGAGAACAAGGGUCGGGUGCACAUCCACCAGACCGCGGACCAGGCCGUCAAGUCUAAGCCCGGAAAGUUCAAGUCCAAGGAAUACAUCGAUUCCGACAGCAGUUCCGACUCGGAUGAAGACAAACCCCGCAAACUGGAGAUCGACGAACCCAAGAGUGACGAGGAAAAGGACGAAAGCCGUCAGAAGUCUUCCUCGUCUGAGAAGUCGUCGAAAUCUUCCGCAUCCGAGAAGUCCUCUUCAGACGCCUCUGACAGCGAUUCUGACGCUAAGAAAAGGGGAGAAAAGAGGAGGAGAUCUGCGACCAAAUCGAAAGCCAAAAAAGUUAGCGAUUCUUCAGAUUCUGAUUCACCGGUUGAGGCGAAGAAACAGAAAGACAACAAGAAGUCAAAUAAAAAGAGGUUUUUAGCCGAUUCUGACGACGAGGAAGAGGCGCAACAGAAAGUUGCGAAGAGUUCUGGAGACAGCAGUUCCGACUCGGAUUCAGACAACAAAACUAAGACUAAAAGAGCGCGAAUCGAAUCGGACUCUGAGGUGGAGAGGAGUCCCGCGCCCGUCAACAAGUCGUCCGAUGAGGAGGAAGAGGACAAAGAGGAAGGCAUGGAAGUGGACAGAGAGGCCGAUGAGGCGAAUGAAGACAAACCCGAAGAGAAUAGCGAUAAAGACUCGGACGACGAGAGGGGUAAUGGCGCUCAAGAAGUGGCCAAAGAUUCUGAUAAUGAGAGCGCCGCUGAAGACAAGUCGGACGACGAGAAUAAUAAGUCGAAUCAAUCGUCUGCUGAGAGCUCCGACUCGGAGGACGAGACACAUAAUCAGACACAAGAAGUGGCCAAAGGCUCGGAUAAUGAGAGUCCGGCUGAGGAUAAGUCAGUUGAGGGCAACAAAUCCGUGCACUCGUCCAACAGUUCCGACUCAGACAGCGAUUAAGUUUUUGUUUGUCUUGUAUUUCGCUCUCCAAUCCAUAAUCCAUUUUCAUUCAUAAAUUAUAUUUUAAUCUUUAUUUUUUGUGUUAAUUGUAUGAAUGGAGACAUAAAUCCAUUUGAAAUUAUUUAAUUUAAUAAACAAUUUUACUAAAACA